AUGCAAAACGCAGCCGACAGUUCUUUGAUUCCGCUUCAGUUUCAACGGAUCGCGCAUUUUGUGGGCGGGAAAGCAGGCGGGAAAGCAGGCGAGAAAGCAGGCGUGAAAGCAGGCGUGAAAGCAGGCGUGAAAGCAGGCGGGAAAUCAGGCGUGAAAGCAGGCAGUUGCGAAGGCAGGUGUGCCGAAGAGGUUAGGUGUCGAGUGGUGAGAGCACGUGGGCGGCAGGAGAGGCGUGUGGGCAGCACGAGAGGAGUGUGGACGGCACGAGAGCGGGCGGCUAGAGAGCGGGCGGCACGAGUGUGGGCGGCACGAGAGAGAGGCGUGGGUGACGGGAGGCGUGUGGGCGGCAUGAGGCGGCGGCCGGGAGUGGCAGGGCUGCAGACAGCAGCAGCAGUGAGGGGGCAGUACCGGUCGCUGGGGGAGGAUGUGGCCAAGCAGCGCCAGGAGUCGCUGCGGCAGCAGCUGGAAACGUUUCGAGGCUUCCUCAUGGAGUUUGCUCAGAAGCACAAGAGUGACAUACGCAGCAACCCGGCGUUCAGAGCACAGUUCCACGCCAUGUGUGCGCAGUGUGGGGUGGACCCCCUCGCCUCCAACAAGGGCUUCUGGAACGAGCUGCUGGGCUUCGGUGACUUCUACUACGAACUCGGAGUGCAGCUGAUAGAGACGUGCAUGGCAACGAGGGUGGACAACGGGGGGCUCAUUAACCUGGAGGAGCUAAGGCGCCUCGUGGCGG